AUGACGCCAAUGAACCUGCCAGUUAGAGGACUCAAUCCAAAGUUGACCUUCAGGCGGGAGCUUCUGGACACUGCCGAUGGCGGUCAGAUCUCACUCGACUGGUACGUGGCCUCGACAACGGUCCAGGACCAAAACGGAGAAAUUGUGAUGGAGGAGACGGUGGUAGCCUCCAGUCAGCCGGUGAUGCUCUUCCUGCCCGGCAUUACCGGCCACUCACAGGCGGAGUACUUUAGGUCGCUGGUACCCAUUGCCCACUCAAUUGGCUACCGCGUGGCGAUCAUGAACUAUCGCGGCCUCGAUGGUCGCCCCCUUCGUUCGCCACGCCUCUACUGUGCGGCCACCUUCGAGGAUCUGACCACCUCGCUGGAGCACAUCCGCUCAAAGCACAUGCAAACCACUGCAACCGGAAAUAGAACUAAGCUAGUGGCGGCCGGCAUCAGCAUGGGCGGCACCCUGCUCUCCUCCUACCUCGCCGCAACCGGAACUGAAUCACUGGUCGACGCGGCGAUGCUCAUCAGCACCUGCUGGGACUUUGUCGCCGGCUCGCACAACCUCGAGCGGAACUGCCUCACCCGACUGGCCAACGCCUACCUCACCAAUGGCCUGGUGCGGGUGGUGCAGGCAAAUCGGGAGUACCUGCUGGCGAACAUCCCGCCGGGCGUCACCUACGACAUGGACGCCAUUGUGAAGUGCCGGUCGUUGCGCACUUUUGACGAGGCCUUUACGCGGAAGAUGUUCGGCUUCAAGAGCUGCGAUGACUACUACGAGCACAGUACCACCAAGGACAAAAUUGGCCUGAUCAGGAUUCCUACGUUGGCCAUCAACGCGGCGGAUGAUUUCAUUCUUCCAGAAAAUGGUACUGGAGUUGAGAUUUUCUAA